CAGAAAAAAAAAAAUUAACAGACUUAGGAUCCAAUUAUAUAUCUCAAACCGCAACUCAGAGCUCCCAUUAUUGAUUAUUGCAUCCAUGGCUAGUCCGUUUAACCCGAGAGAGCAAGUAAAGCCCUUAGCCCCAUCAUCAAGAUACAGCGUUCGCAGCCAUGACUUGGAAGACGACGUCCCUUCCCUCCACAUAACUAAGUUCAGCCAAAGAAAUUACUACUGCUGCGGCCUCGCCGCCGCCAUGUUCUUGAUCCUCGCCGUCAUCGCCAUCGUCCUCGGCUUCACCGUCUUCCACGUGAAGGGCCCGAGGAUCACGAUGAACGGCGUCACGACUGCUAACGGAAGUUUACUGACCGGUUCCAAUAUCACUCUUCUGGCGGAUGUCUCGAUCAAGAACCCUAACGUGGCGUCGUUCAAGUAUGAAAACACGACCACUUUGGUUUACUUCAAGGGGACGCAGGUCGGCGAGGGGAGGAGCCCGGCGGGGGUGGCGAAAGCGAGGAGGACGAUGAGGAUGAACGUGACGGUGGAUAUUGUUCAGGCGAAGAUCCGGGCCGUGCCGGAGUUUUCCAAAGAGUCUGCGGCAGGGGUGUUAAAUUUGACUAGCUUUACGAGAGUUCAUGGCAAGGUGAAAGUUGUUAUGGUGAAGAGGAAUGUUGUGGUUGAGCUGAAUUGUACCAUGACAUACAAUUUUAGCCAAGGGAUUCAGGGAGAUAAAUGCAAACAGCGAGUUGGACUUUAGGUUCUGUUAAUUUUUGUGUUUGUUUCUUCUUUUUCUUUUUUUGGUUUGAAAUUUCAAUCGGAUUGAUAAUUCAGGUUAUAGUGUAUAUAUGUUAAAGUAUGCUUUAUUAUUCUUCAUAGUAAUAUAAAAAUUAGGAACAGGCAGGUUUCUAAGAGCAGUCGUUGUUUGUAAACCCUUUAGUUAAUGUUAUUUUAAGUUGCUGUC